ACGUCGUAAGGGGCGGGUCCGGCCGCGCACAAUGGGCCAUGGAGUUCCCGUUCGAUGUGGACGCGCUGCUCCCGGAGCGGAUCACGGUGCUGGACCAACACCUGCGGCCCCCGGCCCGCCGACCCGGAACCACAACGCCGGCCCGUGUUGAUCUGCAGCAGCAAAUUAUGACCAUUGUAGAUGAAUUGGGCAAGGCAUCUGCCAAGGCCCAAAAUCUUCCUGCUCCUAUUACCAGUGCAUCAAGGAUGCAGAGUAACCGCCAUGUUAUUUAUGUGCUCAAAGACACAUCAGCCCGACAGGCUGGGAAAGGAGCCAUUAUUGGUUUCCUUAAAGUUGGAUACAAGAAGCUCUUUGUACUGGAUGAUCGUGAGGCUCACAAUGAGGUAGAACCACUCUGCAUCCUGGACUUCUACAUUCACGAGUCACUGCAACGUCAUGGCCAUGGGCGAGAACUCUUCCAGCAUAUGUUGCAGAAGGAGAGAGUUGAACCACACCAACUGGCCAUUGACCGACCCUCACAGAAGCUGCUGAAGUUCCUGAAUAAGCACUACAACCUGGAGACCACAGUACCACAGGUGAACAACUUUGUGAUCUUUGAAGGCUUCUUUGCCCAUCAGCAUCGGCCCCCUGCUCCCUCUCCAAGGGCAACUCGACACUCUCGUGCUGCUGCAGCUGACCCCACGCCUGCUGCUCCAGCAAGGAAGCUGCCACCCAAGAGAGCAGAGGGAGAUAUUAAGCCAUAUUCCUCUAGUGACCGAGAAUUUCUGAAGGUAGCUGUGGAGCCUCCUUGGCCUCUAAACAGGGCCCCUCGCCGCGCCACACCUCCAGCCCACCCACCACCCCGCUCCAGCAGCUUAGGAAACUCGCCAGAACGGGGCCCCCUCCGCCCCUUUGUGCCAGAGCAGGAACUGCUACGGUCCCUGCGCCUCUGCCCACCCCACCCUACUGCCCGUCUUCUACUGGCCACUGACCCAGGGGGCAGCCCAGCACAGCGUCGCCGCACCAGCUCCCUUCCCCGCUCUGAUGAGAGUCGAUACUGACAGUCACCCCUUUCCCUCCCUGGGAGAUCUGGGGUAGGCAGAGACCCCUCUUCCUGAGAACUUCAGACUCACUCUUCCAUUGCAUCCUCCAGGACCCAGUGGAAACAUGGGAUUCCCUCUUCCCCUUUCUUAGACAACUGGGUUGUCAGAGUCCCAAAUGGCUUACUCCUUUGUAGCUUUUCUUACCACAAUUGCUCUCCCAACUUGGCCUGAACACUCCCAGAUAGCCAGACCCCUGAGUGGGUGGCUCAUACUAAGUAAUUGAACUUUGUGUGUGUGUAUGGUGCUGGGGAUUGAACCCAGGACCUCACACAUGCUAGGCAAGCACUCUACCAACUGAGCUAUAUCCCUAGUUCAUACUGAUUACUUAGAGAAGCACACUCUUGCUUGCCAUUAGACUCUAGACCACCAUGGAAGGUCCAGGAGCCUCCUCUGCCAGGGAAAACUGUUUAAGGAGUCCUGUCCAUGGAAUAAUCCCAUAUUCCCUCCCCAGUGUCCAGUGGUGGUUCUAAUACUGCUUUGUGCCGCCUACUACACAAAAUGUGACACUUGUCCUUUCAGCCUGUUCAUGCUAGCCAGGGUGCAAGCUCAGCUUCAGAGCAGUCCAAUUAGUAGGACAGGGACUCACCGGCUCCCCAGUGGGGUUCAACUCAAUGUUGCCAAACUUAAUUUCCACGUUUUGUGUAUGUAGCAGGGAACCCCCAAACUGGUGUUGCUUUGGGGUUUCUAAAGAAGUUUCACGGAUGCCACUGCUUCCUUCAGAUCCAGAUUCUCUGAGGGAGUUUGUUUCUGGGCAGUAGAUCCCAGCAAGCAACCUGAGGUCACUUUUAGUUAUGUUCUGAAGAUAAGUCUGGGUCUCAAGGAUUUGAUCCUGGAAUCCCCUCUCCCAUCGUCCCUCCCUGGUAGCGAUGCUGAUACACCUCUGUCUUGUGAGAUUGUCUUGAGAUGAGGUGGAGGGCCACUCUUCCGUUGUCCUUCCUCUUUUCUUCCCUCUUAGCAAGACCCUCCUUCCCUGCUCCAUGCAUGGGGUACAGAUAGACCCUCCCCCUCUCCACCCUCUGAAAGUGUGGUAGAUCAGGUACUUCUACUGUGUUCCCUCAAAGCCUUGGGAGCAGGAUCUCCCUUUGUCCCCACUCACCCUCCCUUUUCUUCUCCUUCUGUGUUGUCUGAAUAAAGUGUGAAUUCCUUUGUGUUUUCUAAAUUGACCUUCUCAAUGAAAACAAAACAAAACAAAAAAACCUACACAAGAAAGAAACAACUUAAGGUGUCAGCCUCGUUUUUUGUGUCACCCCUUAUUUUCCUGGGGUCCCAGGACCUCUGUCCCUUUCAUCCUCUUCACCUCUGAGAUUGGUAGAUCUUCCUCCAGGAAGAAAUCAGAGCUCCCCUUCUAGGAUUUUGGCAUGUAUCCCUCUGCAUCUUCUUUUGCUGAUUCUCUCCUUCCAAGCUGUUUUUCCUCUCAUGGAGUCAUUGGAUCCCUCUGUGUGAGCUUCUAUAUCCAUUCCCUAUUCCCUCCAGCUCUCCCCAGUGACUUCUGCCCUUCACUUUGGCCAGCCCUUGUAGAGAUGUCAAGAUUUAUCAAUAUCUUGGGAUCCACUAAUUAUCUCCCCACUGUUCCCUGGGUUCCUUUUACCAUGCUGUGAUUUCUUGUAAACCCUUUACCCACUAAUACCUUGAAUCUCUUUCAAGUCAAGCUGUUACCUCCAUUUAGAGUUCAGUACAGUCUGUUAUCCUGUUCCAAAGGUUUCCUUCCUUUUCCUCCUAAAUUUGGCCUUGUCACUCCCUAUUUCCUUUUCAUCUGAGGUGUCUUAUACUUAAGGUAGCCAUAUUUUUCAAACCAAACAUCAGGGUAUGUGGUCCAGUAAAUUCUUUUUUGCUUAUAUGUGAAUCUGCUCUUAUGACAUGAUUUGGGUAGCUUUAGCCAUACAUUUCAUGCAUAACCCCAACUAGAAAAAAAAAACAGCAACAAAUCAGGAUUGAUCCAGAAAACCAUGGGUUGUAAAUUGAGCUCCCUCCCCCUUUCUGGAGCACAUCUUAGAUUAAAACCCCUUAGAAAUGAUAACCCCUCCUCUUUGUUCUUGUGUUAUUCCUCUUACUCCUUUCCUCUGAUCCCUCCAUACCCACUCAUCUUUCAUCCUGUAGCCUUUUCCCCAUCAUCUCCCAUUUCUUCUACAGGGGAACUCCCCCAGGGCUGGUAGCCCAAAGCUGCUGCUACAGCCGCCAUGGGGGGCUGAAUUCCUCAUCCCCCAAUACAGGUAAGUAUACAUUCCUUCUAUCCUCAAAUCAAGUAGGUCACAUCCACUAUCUACUC